GGUAAAUCUGGGUCUGGGAAAACUUUUUGAAGAAAAGGUUUAUCUGGAAGACAAAUUUCGAGGGUUUAAUGUGGUAGAUGGCAAAGUGUUGAUUUCGUAAUAUCUACUCAUCUCUUCUCCCUCCGUCGCUCUCUCCCUCUGCCGCCCUCCCUCCGCCGCGCGGCGCCGCGUGGAGUCCUCUUCUCUAGGUGAGAAAUAUAAAGUUGGCAACAAGAAGUUCACAGUAACGGUAUGGUGGUCUCCAGUACAAAUCCCCACAGCAAGGAGAUAGCCAUCAGAAGGAGGAUUUCUAGCAUAUUUAAUAAACGUGAAGACGAUUUCCCAUCUUUGAGGGAAUAUAAUGAUUACUUGGAGGAAGUAGAGGACAUGACAUUUAACUUGAUUGAAGGAAUAGAUGUUUCAGCCAUUGAAGAAAAAAUUGCUAAAUACCAGGAAGAAAAUGCAGAACAAAUAAUGAUUAAUCGAGCUAGGAAGGCUGAAGAGUUGGCUGCAGCUCUGGCAGCAAGUAAGGGACAGCCUGCAGUAACUGAUAACGAUGCGGCCACAAACCAAAAUUCUCAAACAGGAUUUGGUGGUAUUGCUCAGGGACAGUAUGCACCUACAUUUGCAGGAGGACAGCCAAGACCCACAGGCAUGGCUCCACAACCUUUACCACUUGGAGGAGGUGACAUGCUGGGCCUUGGAGGUGAUGAUGAGGAAACAAAGAAGCUACGAGAUGAGAGAGGAGCAAGGGCUGGAGGAUGGACUGUGGAAAUAAGUCGGAAACGGGCAUAUGAAGAAGCCCUUGGAAGCCUCUGGGUUUGUUGAGACUACAGUAAUAAUAACGAUUAAUAAUAAUAUUCAUAUAAGGUAGGACAUGCCUAUUAGUGUUCAUGUUAAUUCCAGUGUCAUUGAAGUUAUUUUUUUGCAUGGAUAUUUGAUGUAUAUGGUGUAGAAUGUAAGAUUUAUUGCAUUUUUGUUUCGUCUAACUAUAGUGAAUUAUGUUUAAAGA